AUGCCACCUCACAGAUCUUCUUUGAGGCUCCGCCUCCCACCCGGACAUGUUGUGCUAAAGUUUUCUCUCUCGGGCAUACGGAUAGAGGGAAAGAAAAUCUGCGAGUCACUGAAAGAGAACAGUGAUGGAAAUCAAUGGAUCGUUAUUCUCGGCCUAACGCCAAAAGCCAUCGAAAUUCUCGACGACGAGCGCUGUGAUGAUCUUGGGGGAAUUUCAUACCGUUUCCGGUGGGAAGGAAGCACGGGGCUUAUCAAGGUAAUCCCGCCUGGAAUGAUCCACGGGAUAGUCAGACAAAAUCUCAGCAGUGUAAUCGGGAGAAAACUCGAGUCAAUGGGAUUGUCAUGGAAGGAAUGGAGGUGGAUUGGAAGGGCCACACAUAAGCCUGCAGCUCCUGUUAGCAAAGGCAAGCAGGCCGAUCAAGCCUUCAUACCACCAUCCCGUUUUCGUGGCCGAAUCAGACCCUCAGGGUUGUGGCCGACCCUAGUGAUUGAGACAGGUGUACUAGAGUCACUUCCGCGCCUACGUCUCAAUGCAAGAGAGUGGCUUACCAAUCCGGGCAAAAAGGUCCGCAUUGUUGUCCUGAUUAUCAUCACAAAAUCCGAAAUCACCUUUGAGAGAUGGGAAUUAGCUCCUGUCCCCGUGUCAUACCCUCUAAUCGAUGGGCUGUGCCAACAAAACUGCAGUAUUCCCCCUCCAACACCAGCGGUAUCUGUUCAGCAAGUCUACUCUGCACAGCAAGUGCAUGUGAGCGCAAAUCAGGUGCUGGGGGCUCCCUUGGUCCUCCCAUUUCAUGCAGUAUAUAACCGACCCCCUCAGGAAGGAGAAGGCGAUAUCCUAAUUGGAAAGAAGGAUUUAGAAUAUAUCACAGAGUCGGACAUAGGUACUCACUUCUCUUUUUGA